AUGCUGUUCCGAUCCUCCGACGAGCCACCCCCCCCCCCUGUCUCUUCAGCAGCACCCACGAGCAGUGCCACACCAGUGACCACUACGGUCAGCAAUGGAGACACCAUCGUUGUUCCCGUUGGCGUUGUCGUCGUUGGAGGACCCGGUGGUGGCUUCUUUACCAUUGCCGGUGCCGCUGCUGGGGCCGCCCCGGCGGCUGUCGCGGCCGGCGCAUCCGUCACUGCCGGCUCUUCGUCCGGUGACAAACCUGACGAUCCGGACGAUCCGAACAAGCCGCCUAGCUCUGUACCCGAGGCGCCAUCUUCCGCACCACCUUCAUCUGCACCGCCUCCAUCUUCCAACUCAGUGGCACCUACGAGUACGGAAGCCCCAACGAGUACCUCAAGUGCCGUGCCGAGCGAAACGCCAGCACCGCAUGUCAUCUACCCCCAAGACAGUGCCACAGACCAAGACAAGAAAGACUUCCUCGCUCUGGUAGAUAAGAACCUUGGUCAAGGUAAUUACAGAGUAACAGAGGGUAGAAAAGUUUUGUUCGUCGCCGCCAAUAUCACAACCACGCAACGUGAGAACCUCAUCAAAAAUCCCUUGGUCGGUGGAGCCGAUCCUGACCAGCAGGAUCGCAACAACAAUGGUGCAUCUGUGCUGAUCGAGGAAAGAGACCCCAGUGAUGAUGAGGUCCACGAGAAGUGGUGGAUGGAGUCGCUUGACAAGCUCGGGAGAAUUCGAAAGCGCGCCGUGGUCAAGCAAGCUAGUGCCCCGACAGAACUCGUCAUGCUUUCUCAGCCGCCUGGGGUGGACCUCAAAACACUCAACGCUUAUACAUACGACGAUAGUGCCGGAGCCGAGAUUACCGUUUAUGUUCUUGACAGUGGAUAUUACGCUAGAAACGCUGAAUACACUGGUAUGGCCGUGAAACCCCGCUGGAUAUUCGCAGGCUCCCAGGAGGAAAGGUCCGUUGAAGAGGAUCUCGACCCUGAUGGACACGGUACUUGUGCCGGAUCCAAGAUUAACGGUCCCAAGUUCGGAGUCGCAAAGCAGGUCAACCUGGUCGUGGUCAAGGCUGGAACCCAGGCUUCCGAUACCGAUGACGCUCUUGACAGGAUUGUGGAGGACGUCAGGUUGAAGAAGCUACAGGGAAGAGCCAUUGUCAACAUUUCGCGUUGUCGUUUGGAUAGUGCAACUGAAUUCAGUAAGAAAACGAUGAGAGAAUAUGUGAAUGAGAUGAUUCUUGAGGACAUCAUUGUGAUUGCGGCAGCUGGAAACGACAACCGUCCUGAAGUAGCUCAAGGAAAAGCAAAAGCUGCCGACAUCGAUAGCUGGCCAGGCUUGAUGGCUAAAGACGGCGUUCCGGUCAUCAACGUUGGGGCCGUUGAUAACACGGGAAACAAUGCCAGCUUCUCUCAAGGAGGACCUCAUGUUCAUGUCAUGGCACCUGGUGUUCAGCUUCAGUGUGCUGCCAAUUCCUUUUUCUCCGGCACGCGAAAGAAUGACGGCACAUCGUUUGCUGCACCCACUGUGGCCGGUCUUGCAGCUUACCUUCUUGCGGUUGGAGAAUACCCGCAGCUGUUCGAGAUUGGAAAGGUAGCCGCCAACAUGCAAAAGCUCCUCAUGGAUAUGGCCUACCAGCGAUCUCCUGACGGAGGACCGGUUAUUUUCAAUGGUCAGGGUGCCGUCUGUGGCCGUCCUGGGCGAAGCGCCAAGUUCAAAAGACAAGACCUUAGCGGCGAGGCCUGCUCGGUAGUCUCGUCAACAACGACGAUACCCUCUGCAACUCCUAGUCCUCCUCCGGCCACAACUAGCGAUCCACCUGCGGCAACAAGCGCGCCGCCACCGCCGCCACCCCCUCAACCUGCGCCCAAAGAGCUCUUCUCACUGAGCGAGCAAGUUAGCGCUGGUACUUCGGCGUGUUUUCCCACGAACGCCUUUAGUGCAACAGCUGGAACAACGUACGGCUUUUCAUUCGAUGUUAGCCCAGACAUGAUCGUGAGCAUCGAGACAGGGUCAACAGACGAGGGAUAUCACCAAUCCAAGGGACCGUGGUCAGGCACCUUCCUCGCCCAGUCAACUUCUUCGGUCAAGAUCUGCGGAUCUGGGGGGUCAGGCACUUUAGCCUUCAAGAUCACUGAGGAGCCCUCCGAGGCCGUCAAAGCACCAGCCGGCAAGGAGGUAUUCAAGUUGGACGAGAAGGUUGCGAGUGGGACGACGUCUUGUUUCCCGACUACUGGUCUGAAUAUCCAAGAGGGAAACUACGGGUUUUCGUACACUACCUCCGAUGGUAUCGAAAUUCAGAUCGGAGACGAUAGUUCUGGGCCAAAGUAUUUCACUGGAAACAGAGCCUCGGGUGCAGGAUUGAUGUACAUCGACUUCUCGGGGGGCAGUAUCUCAAUUUGCGCGACAAACAACGGUGGUUCGGAGGCACCUCUUUCAUUGACUAUGACCCAGUAA